AUAUUACACUUGUCAAGUUGUCAUUCUCUAUCUCUCUUGUUGAAGCCAUGGCUGUCAAGUUUCCACACAUUCCAACGGUCAUGAUGAUCCUAUCAAAUUAUUAUCCCAAACACACACUCUCUCUCCUCUAGUUUCAGCUUAUUGGGUUUAUUGCAGUGUUUGAUGGCAACCCUUUGCAAGCCUUAUCCUCUAUCAAUUAAAAGAUGUUGGAGUCCCGUGAGAAGAAACAUAGCUCGUGGCCCGCGAAUGAUACAAUGUAGUCCUCGAUGUGUCUUGGGAGUAACUGUUCAUACAGGAACUGAAAGCCUGCAUCACGGACUAACCAACUUUCAACCAAGUUCCAGUAUAAUUGAAACAUCAUCACAUAUCUUCAAGGAGUUGAAUGAGAGUCUAGUGUUGAUGGAUCUAGACUCGGCCACAGCAAAGGUUGCCAUUGCAUUUAUCGGACCUUUCCUUUCGGGUUUUUCCUUCCUUUUUAUUGUUAGGAUAGUGAUGUCAUGGUAUCCAAAGCUUCCGGUGGGCAAAUUCCCGUAUGUUGUUGCUUAUGCACCCACGGAACCAAUUCUUGUUCCAACGCGAAAAGUCAUUCCACCUCUUGGGGGAGUGGAUGUAACACCUGUGGUUUGGUUUGGAUUACUUAGUUUCUUAAAUGAGAUUUUAGUUGGACCACAAGGGCUUCUUGUACUCCUUUCUCAGCAGACGUAGGGACUGAGCAUGGAUGAGAGGAUAGAUGAUGUUCAUCAGGCUGUGUCUGGUUAAUGCCUACAAUCUCAUUUUUGUGUUCUGAAUUGUAUGAAAUUACAAGUUUUGGAAGAUCUGUUUCCUUUUA